CGUGCGUGUGUGUGUGUGUGACUCCCACUUCCCCGCGUCUAUCUAUGCGUCGUACGUCGUCUCCGCUCCUCCAGUCUGCUGCUGCUGACCAUCCACAGCGGAGCCACCACGCCGAGGAGGCGGACCGACUGCAGCGACAGCUCGGCCAGCAGCACCGGGUUAUAGCGGCGGUGGUUGCGGAGGGGGGAGGAGGGUGGGGGCAGCUCGCUGCUCUUCUUACCCUUCUUUAAAAAACCGUGCACAGCCCGAAGCAGCGAGGACACCACCAUCAUCAUCAUCAUCAUCACCACCACCAUCACCACCAUCAUCAUCAUCAUCAUCAUCAUCACUUCAGCGUGUCCUGGAAUAGUUUUUCUAUUUUUUUCCCAGACUCAGACUGAAGUUGCCGCUGCUGCUGCUGCCGCUGCAGAGGCGCACUUUUCUCCCUGCCUCCCUCUCUCCUUCUGCGCUCACAAUCCGACAUGGAAGAUGGUCCGUCUUCAACAAGCUGUUUCAGAAGGUUAACGGACUGUUUCCUGGGUGCAAGCUUGACCGAUGAGAAAGUGAAGGCCUACCUCUCACUGCACCCGCAGAUGCUGGACGACUUUGUGUUGGAGAGUGUGAGUGCGGAGACGUUGGACAGAUGGCUGAAGAGGAAGACCAGCAGCAGGCCUGCAGACGACACAUCGGCGAAAGAAGUCAGCAGGCAGUACCGGGACACGAAUAUGCAGGGUGUGGUGUACGAGCUCAACAGCUACAUGGAGCAGCGUCUGGGCACGGGAGGAGAUAACAAACUCCUGCUCUAUGAGUUGUGCAAUAUCGUCAAAGCAGCAACAAAAGCUGAUGGAUUUGCACUUUACUUCUUGGGAGAAUGCAACAAUAGUUUAUGUUUGUUCACUCCAACGGGGGCCAAGGAUGGCACCCCAAGCCUCAUCCCCUCUGGCCCCAUCGCAUUUGGGACAACCAUUGCCGCUCAUGUUGCCAAGACUCGCAGAACACUGCUGGUAGAAGACAUCAUGGGGGACGAGCGCUUCCCCGACGGCACAGGGCAGGACUCAGGGAUCCAUGUUCACUCUGUCCUGUGCCUCCCCAUCCUUACUGCCAUCGGAGACCUCAUUGCCAUCCUGGAGCUACAUCGGCACUGGGGCAAGGAGCCCUUCAACCUCAGCCAGCAGGAGGUUGCGACAGCAAACUUAGCGUGGGCAUCAAUUGCCAUUCAUCAAGUACAGGUGUGCAGAGGCCUCGCCAAACAGACUGAGCUCAACGACUUCCUACUAGAUGUGUCAAAAACAUACUUUGAUAACAUUGUGGCAAUAGAUUCUCUACUUGAACAUAUUAUGAUAUAUGCAAAAAACCUGGUGAAUGCGGACAGAUGUGCACUCUUCCAGGUCGAUCACAGCAACAAAGAACUGUACUCAGACCUGUUUGAUAUUGGGGAAGAGAAUGAAGGCAAACCUGUCUUUAGGAAAACCAAAGAAAUUAGGUUUUCUAUAGAGAAGGGAAUAGCUGGUCAAGUGGCUCGGACAGGGGAAGUCCUAAAUAUCCCAGAUGCCUAUGCAGAUCCACGAUUUAACCGAGAAGUGGACCUCAAAACUGGUUAUACCACACGGAACAUCCUGUGCAUGCCCAUCGUGAGCAGGGGGACUGUUAUUGGUGUGGUGCAGAUGGUGAACAAGCUGAGCGGAAGUGCCUUCACUCAAACAGAUGAGAACAACUUUAAGAUGUUUGCUGUCUUUUGUGCUCUGGCCUUACACUGUGCAAAUAUGUACCACAGGAUCCGGCACUCUGAAUGCAUAUACAGGGUGACGAUGGAAAAGCUAACGUAUCACAGCAUCUGUACAUCAGAAGAAUGGAAGACCCUUACCCAGCUCAACCUCCCCACUCCCAUUUAUAAAGAGAUUGAAAUGUUCCACUUUGAUAUUAGUCCCUUUGAGGAGAUCUGGCCUGCUGUUUUUAUCUACAUGGUCCAUAACUCCUGUGGAAAGACCAGCUUUGAGCUGGAGAAGCUGUGCCGAUUCACCAUGUCUGUGCGGAAGAACUACCGACGUGUGCCCUACCACAACUGGAAGCAUGCAGUGACGGUGGCCCACUGUAUGUAUGCCAUCCUCCAGAAAACCACUGGGAUCUUCACCGAGCUAGAGAAGAAGGGUCUGUUGAUAGCCUGCCUCUGCCAUGAUCUGGACCAUCGGGGCUACAGCAACACAUACCUGCAGAAGUUUGACCAUCCACUGGCUGCUCUGUACUCCUCCUCCACCAUGGAGCAGCACCACUUCUCUCAGACCGUCUCCAUCCUACAGCUGGAAGGGCACAAUAUUUUCUCCAACCUGAAUUCCACUGAGUAUGAGCAGGUGCUGGAGAUCAUCCGGAAGGCCAUCAUCGCCACAGACCUCGCCCUGUACUUCAACAACCACCAGCAGCUGUCAGACAUGCUGACCUUGGACGGGCUGGACUUAAACAACCACUCGCACCGGGACCGUGUGAUUGGUCUGAUGAUGACAGCAUGUGACCUGUGCUCUGUUACCAAGCAAUGGCAAGCCACACGACUCACAGCCAAUGACAUCUAUGCUGAGUUCUGGGCUGAGGGAGAUGAGAUGAAGAAGAUUGGGAUACAACCGAUCCCCAUGAUGGACAGAGACAAGAAGGACGAGGUUCCACAAGGCCAAGUGGGAUUCUACAAUGCUGUUGCAAUUCCAUGUUACACAACGUUAUCAAAGCUCUUCCCUCCGUCCGGUCCUCUUCUAAAAGCCUGCAGGGAGAACCUGAACCAGUGGGAGAAGAUCGCGCGAGGAGAGGUGGAGGACGUCGUCCCCAGCCGACCCUGUGAUUCAGGCCCCGUUAAGGUGGACAACUGACUACCGGGUGGGUGACUUCGCCUACCAAAGGAACACAACCUGAAUCCUGCCACGGACCUGGAACGUUGUCGGAGGAAGAGCCCACGUCGUUGUGUGUUAGCAGGAGACAGAUCAGCAAACGGCAACUUGACUUUUCACAAAAAAAAAAACAAAACAAAAAAAACACACGGUUACCUCAUUGGGUGACAAAGGUGUCAACACUGGCAGUUUCACCGAUCCCAGAGACUGACAGACAGCUGGUGGGACUGAGGGACUUGAACCCAUCACCCUAAGUCCGCUCAGCUUGGGAAUUCAUUUGGUAGAAUGGACGUGUGCUCUUUUGGUUGCUUCAUGUUUGAGUUGUUAUAUGAAUUGCUUGUUUGAGCUGAGUUUAAUGGUCUUGUAUUUGCAGAGGCCUUACUCUGAACCUUUCACACGCUAGGAUAUGUGAAUUCUUGUUGGCGGUUCAGGCUUUUAUGUUAUUUUAUUUUAUUUUAUUUUAUGUUUUUUUUUUUUUUUUUAAAUGGUACUGUUUGCCUUCUGUGGUAGGGUUAUCAUACGCGCACUACUUCAGCAAGGUUUUCCUAGAGACAUGAGGAAUGUGUAGAGCGGGAGACGGUGUGCUGCCAUCUUAUUGAGGAGGCGGAUGUCAGAAUGUUUUAUUUUUAAUCACUUUUGGAGCAAAAGUCCUUUGCAGUACUUGAAUAAAGUGAUACGGCCUAUUCUUGGAGGAGAUUGCAGAAACCCCCCCGCAGCAUAUUCUACAAAAUGUGGACAAACUGUGAUGAAAGUAGUUAAAUGAUGGCGACGCUUGUGGACACGGUCACAUGAGAGUCACGAUGGUUUCUCCCAAAGGUGGACCCCCACGGCGCUGCCCCCGGCUCCCUCUGACAUUUAGAAACCUGCUGCAUCUAGUACAUCGGCUUUCCUCUGAUCUACAGGAUACGACCUCAGGCCAGCAGUCACGAGUCAAAAAAGACGCGUGAACAGCAUCACGUUUUCGGGUCAUUUAUAGUAAGCCAAGACUGCAGCAGCACUAUCGCAUCAUGAGUUUCUCCUAUUCAUCAGUAACACGGACAUAGCCUUCCGGUUGCAAAAACAAGAUUUGCCGUGUCAGUUUUUCAGACGGGGAAAUUCACCAUGUUUAUAUACAGUCUAAGAUCAGUGAUACAUCCCCCCCAAAGAUGAUAUACACAAUAUGGAUAAUGCACAAGUGUCCUGGUGAAUGAUAAAGACAAGUUUAUCUGCAUAGACACAGUACAUUUCCAUACAUUGUCGUGGCUGGUUUAAAGCUGUAGCGAUGACACUGAACAUGUUGCCACGUUGCUGUGUGGGCCCCGCAGCUCAACGGGCGCCUCAGCCACUCUCGUCUCCACGUUAAGCUAAAGUGCACCAUAUAUUGUGUCCAGGACGGCAAACUUUUUUGCUGUGGUGUGGAACCAUGAGAGACGGAAAUCUCCCCCCCUCCCCCCCCAGUGCUCAGUCUGCAACAUCACGCAAGGGGCGUCCAUUUCUUAUGAGACCCCAAGAACUUCCAAAAGGACAAAUUAUGUUUGUCUGAAACUGUCAUUCCAGUGGACAUUGUCCCGCCCAAGAAUUAAUUUAGCGCUCAAAUAAUUCGAUUUACCACUGGUACUGUGCUCCCCCCCCCCCCCCCCACUCCCAGCAGUGUGAAUGUACACUUUGACGAAUGUUUUCGUUGAUCGCAGAUCCUCAGUGGGUUAGAUUUGAAUUGCACCAUCGGUUUCCAAUGAUGUGCUCCGUCGUACUUUUCAGACUUGCCUCCAGUAAGCUUCGUCCGAGAGCGGCAGUUAGCAGCGUGCGCCUAAACUGAAGUUGAUGUAUAGUUUUUCAUAUACAGUAACGGGUGCACACUGUGUACAAUCUAGGAAAUAGUUUGUACAGAGUUGUUUGCUCUGAUGGUGCUAAACUGAAUGGCAGUUUUGUGUGUGUGCUUGUGUGUCUGUGUGUGUGUCUGUGUGUGUGUGAGAGAAAUCUUUUUCCUGUCUCUUCCCCCCCCCCAUUCCACCCCCACCUGAGUACAUGGUUAAGUCCAUAUCACUGCACUGUCCCUUCUAUUUUUCAGCACCAGUUAUAUCCCAUUGUCUGCACUAUGUUGAGCUUAUGAUCUUUAUCAUUAUUAUUAUUAUUAUUGUUAUUAAUAUUAUUGAUGAUGAUGAUUAUUAUUAUUAUUGCUCUUAUAACUAUUGUUAUUUUCUUAAUUAGAGUUCAAUUUAAAUUAACUUAUAUUUUUUUAUACAAAGGAAAAAAAUAAUGUUGGCCUUUUUGUUUUGUACAAAGUAAAAACAUCCGACAAAGCGGUCUAUAGACAUGUUACUGUUACCCAGAGAAAUUGAGCGACGUCUCAAACUGUAAAUGUAAGAGCAGUAGCCCAAAUGACUUUUAAUAAAUACCUGAAGAAGA